AUGCAUAUGAGGACGUUGUGUCCCAAUUUCGACAGGGAAGAUGGGCUGGAGACGGUGCUGGAGGUGCCCAUCCCGGAGGAAAUGUUCACCGGCAUGGGCAGCACCGCCGCCAUGAGGUGGCAGAACAUGCGCGCAUGGCUCAAAACCCAGCAGUACGCCGCCACCGCCGAUCACAAAUCUUCCUCUUCCACCAACAACGCGCGCCUCUUCGCCGCCGGCUCCAGCCACGAGUUCGUGUCGUUGCUAAAACUCGUCGGCUCUCCCCUCGUCCCCUUCCAGGUCCAGUUGCGGCAAGCCGCCAUCGCUCGCCCCCUCAAAGAUUGUUCCAUUGAAGCCUCCACGGCACAGUACAUAGUGCAACAGUACGUGGCGGCGACCGGGGGGCUGGCGGCGCUGAACUCGGUGAACAGCAUGUACGCCGUGGGGCAGGUGAAGAUGGUGGCGUCGGACAUGAGGCACGGCGACGAAAGCAUGCACAUGGCCAGGGGAAGCAGCGAGGUCGGCGGCUUCGUGCUGUGGCAGAAGAACCCCGACCUGUGGUACCUUGAGCUCGUCGUCUCCGGCUACAAGGUCAGCGCCGGCAGCGACGGCAAGGUCGCCUGGAGCGAGUCGACGUCCCAGGCUUCCCAUGCCAACAGGGGCCCUCCCAGACCUCUCCGUCGCUUCUUCCAGGGACUGGACCCUAGGUCAACGGCCAACCUGUUCUUGGAGGCAGUGUGCAUAGGAGAGAAGAACAUAAACAACGAAGACUGCUUCAUCCUAAAGCUGGAGACGGGGGCCAGCACGCUGAAGACCCAGAGCACCGCCCACACCGAGAUCGUCCACCACACCAUCUGGGGCUACUUCAGCCAGCGCACCGGCCUCCUCGUCCAGUUCGAGGACAGCAAGCUGGUGCGCAUGAAGCCCGUCCGCGGAGACGACAGCGUUUUCUGGGAAACCACCAUGGAAACCGCUGUCGGAGAUUACCGCUACGUCGACAGCAUCAACAUCGCCCACGGCGGCAAGACCGUCGCCACUCUUUUGCGGUACGGCGGCGCCGUCAGCACCAAGAAGCGCAUCGAGGAGACGUGGAAAAUCGAAGACGUUGAUUUCAAUAUUUGUGGGUUGUCCAUGGACUGUUUUCUGCCUCCCGCCGACCUUAAGAGGGAGCCUGCAGACAACUAA